UCCCCCAUUGCCUCUUCGCAGCCGUCCCUCAGAGUGAUCUGAGAGUCCUGUCUCCUGGCUUGAAGUCCUCAGAAUGUCCACCGAAUAACACGUAACUCUCAACUUCUAGGUUGUGCAUUUUUUUUCAGUCAACACACUUAAAUUGCCUUUAAGUACAACUGUAUAUUUGUAUCAUAUUCUUUCAGUGUUUAAACUGCCUAUGUGCAGCGAUUGUAAUCCGCAGGGUGCCACCUUAAUAUUAUGCCUUACCUUUCACGUUGAAAGGCUGAAUCAAUGUUUAUUGACUUGGAAUGAAGAGUUUUAACUUUGUAUUUGAUCUAAAGACAGAAUACCCAAGGGACAUGAGUAGAACCAAGUAACUGAAUAUACAAAUAUAUAUUUAACAUUAAACUCUAUCCAGAGAAUCUAACUGAGGGUCUGGAUCAGUUGAGGGAAUUUGCGGGAAAGAUGUUGGUUCUUCUUGGCUCAUUCAGACAAUUAGGCCAUUUUCUUCAGUGGGCUUUUGACAGGGAAAUGGGGAACUGCUCUGACUGAGGUUGUGAGAUAAAGCAAAGUCUAGAUUAGCAGCAGCUUGUGAGUCUUGAGUUGUUGGUGAUGCCAUCUCUGAUCUGAUGCAAGCGGAGAAGCCAGGAAAGGCUGGCUUGGGAGAGUCAAAGGAGGUCCUUUGUGUCACCGUGAUGGGCUAGAAACAAUCCCUUUGUCUUAUCUUUCCAAACUUGUCUGCUGAGUGUAAGCUAAAAUAAUGAAGGAAAGGGAAGCCAUAUUGCAUUCUAAAUCCAAGAAUCUUCUCUGUUGCCAUGAAACAAGUCAUCUACACUCUCAGAUACAAAGCGUCUGCUGAGGGGUCAACUUUAACACAUUUCUGGCACCAUUGUCAUCUUAUCACAGCUGUCUCUCGUGUUCUUUUAAGGUUCAGUUACUUUGUUUUUUGCUUUUAAUUUUUGGUGAAGUCCAAAAGUGACCAGGUGAAGCCUAAGAACGAGGAUUAAUAAUAAAUUCAGUUCAAAUAAAACAGGUCUCUUUCUUGGUGACUUUUAUGGGCCUACCAUUGUACGCACUUUACAACAACACUGAAGAUUCAGUAAAUGAUCGGCUAAGGCUACGCAGCCAGGAAAAGCGGAGCCAGAACCCAGCGGAGCCAGCAUGCUCCCCAAAUGUUCCGCUGCGGAAGCGCUGUCCUCCCUCUCCGCAUGCUCGCUCUCCCGUCCUGGGUGGGAGCUGCUGCGGCAGCUACAUCCCAACAAAGUCCAACGUGAACUUGAUGAUAAUGAAGAUAAUUCAAAUGAUGGGACCCAACCGUCCAAAAGGAGGCGAAUGGGCUCAGGAGAUAGCUCUAGGAGCUGUGACACUUCCAGUCAGGAUCUUGGCUUUAGCUACUAUCCAGCAGAAAAUUUGAUAGAGUACAAAUGGCCACCUGAUGAAACAGGAGAAUACUAUAUGCUUCAAGAACAAGUCAGUGAAUAUUUGGGUGUGACCUCCUUUAAACGGAAAUAUCCAGAUUUAGAGCGACGAGAUUUGUCUCAUAAGGAGAAACUGUACCUGAGAGAGCUAAAUGUCAUUACAGAAACACAGUGCACUCUAGGCUUAACAGCAUUGCGCAGUGAUGAAGUAAUUGAUUUAAUGAUAAAAGAAUAUCCGGCCAAACAUGCUGAAUAUUCUGUCAUUCUUCAAGAAAAAGAACGCCAACGAAUUACGGAUCACUAUAAAGAAUAUUCUCAAUUGCAACAACAGAAUACUCAGAAAGUUGAAGCCAGCAAAGUGCCUGAGUACAUUAAGAAAGCUGCCAAAAAAGCAGCUGAAUUUAACAGCAACUUAAACCGGGAACGUAUGGAAGAAAGAAGAGCUUAUUUUGACUUACAGACACAUGUUAUCCAGGUGCCUCAAGGGAAGUACAAAGUGUUGCCGACAGAGAGAACCAAGGUCAGUUCUUACCCGGUGGCCCUCAUCCCUGGACAGUUCCAGGAAUAUUACAAAAGGUACUCGCCAGAUGAACUGCGGUAUUUGCCAUUAAACACAGCGCUUUACGAGCCCCCCCUGGAUCCUGAGCUCCCUGCUCUCGAUAGCGAUGGUGAUUCAGAUGAUGCCGAAGAUGGUCGAGGUGAUGAGAAACGGAAGAAUAAAGGCACUUCGGACAGCUCCUCUGGCAACGUGUCUGAGGGCGAAGGCCUUCCCGAAGGCCAGGACGAGCCUCUGCAGGGAAGACAGAGGUCCAGGGACAAGGCUGCUCCUGCACGAAGAGAUGCUUCCAAACGUUCCGUACUGUCCAAGCCGGUUCCUGGGUACAAGCCAAAGGUCAUUCCAAGUGCUCUAUGUGGAAUUUGUCUGAAGGGUAAGGAGUCCAACAAGAAAGGGAAGGCUGAAUCCCUUGUGCACUGCUCCCAGUGCGGUAACAGCGGCCAUCCUUCUUGCCUGGAUAUGACCAUGGAGCUUGUUUCUAUGAUUAAGACCUACCCAUGGCAGUGUAUGGAGUGUAAGACUUGCAUUAUAUGUGGACAACCCCACCAUGAAGAAGAAAUGAUGUUCUGUGAUGUGUGUGACAGAGGUUAUCAUACUUUUUGUGUGGGCCUUGGUGCUAUUCCAUCAGGUCGCUGGAUUUGUGACUGUUGUCAGCAAGCCCCCCCAACACCCAGGAAAGUGGGCAGAAGGGGGAAAAACAGCAAAGAGGGAUAGUUUUUGACCCCAAUACUGUAAUGUGCAUUUAAAUGAGUAUUUGGUGCCAAUUUACAACAUUCUCAUUUUUACGCCAAUAAAAGAUUUCUGAAACUAUGUGCUUAAAAUCUGCAAGUUCAUUCAUUUUGUUAUAAGCUACUCUUACCCUUGAAACCAAUUUCAGGUAGAAGAAUAGUUCCAUCUUCCAAAAGGUCUUUAUUUCUUAGCACUGUGUCUCUUUCCAGAAAUUCGGUGGUACUAUCAUGCAGCUUAAUUUGAAAUACUUUAUUACUCCGUUGGUCUAAAAGUUACUAUUAUUUUCAUGAAAUUUUCCUAAUCUAUAUCCUUUCUGGUCUACCAUGGGUAGCAUAGCAAAGUUAUUUAAUAACGGAAGGCUUUUAAUAGGAGCCCAAGAUGAUAAAAUUACAAAUGACCCGAUGAGAUUUGGUGCAGCUGGGUUUAGACCUGUCUUUAACUGGCACCUGCCUACCAGGAACUCCCGUUUGGACAGGAGGUGCUGUCCCUGCUUGGGGUGUAGGCAUGGGACUUCAGUCCAUGCUCAGGCAAGUGUGGAGAAAUCAUUACAUUUCACACUUGCUUUUAGUAACUCUUCAAAGCUGACACUUUGUAACUUCAUAAGUCACUGCAAUCAUCUGUUUAGGCACCUGACAAACUAAUCAAAAUGGGGUUUAAACAUUUUAUUAUGCACAUUCCUUUUACAGGAAUUUUGAUGUUUA